AUGGUUUUACGCACCUCAAGAACCCCAGAGGAUAGGCAACCUUCGCAGACUGACACGCAGACGCCAUCACACGUGCAGCCCGGAGUACCUGUCAGAUACCCUGGAACUACUGGAACUACUCCCUGGAACUACUCCCCCGGAAGCUGUAACGUCACUCCCCGGGGAGUCCUGGUCACAUUAUACACAGUGAAGAGCGUUAUUCAGGCCAUUUCCAUGUGCAACACUGAACCUAUACCCCUCAGGAGAUUGAGUGUAAUGCCAGAGUUGGUGGUGUCCUAUGACUUAAAAUACAUGCCCUCUGGGGAUUUUAGUUCCAGUGUUGUUCAUGUACAUGGUCUGAAUAACAACCUCAGCGAGUGUGUGCCAGAGUUGGUGGUGUCCUAUGACUUAAAAUACAUGCCCUCUGGGGAUUUUAGUUCCAGUGCUGUUCAUGUACAUGGUCUGAAUAACAAUCUCAGCGAGUGUAAUGCCAGAUACAUCCGAGCCCUAGAAAAAGAGCAGUGCACAGGCCGAAUAGAAGACAAAACAGAGACAAUAGCCAGGAAAAAGGACUACGACUUAAAGCUCAAAAAGCUCAAAAAAGAGUCGGUAGCAGCACAUAUAAGUAACUCCGAAAAUAAGCCCAGAGCCCUAUGGCAAAUAAUAAACAAAGAGAAGACAGCCAGACACAAAACGAACAACCAAAUACACCUUCAAAUCAAUGGAAAAAUACUUCACAACCCUGCAGAAGUAGCAGACUGCUUUAACAAAUUUUUCUCCUCAAUAGCACAAAGAACUCUCCAAAACAGCCACUUAAAUGCCACAAAUACUACAAGCCAAAAUCCCCCGCCACUCACUAACAACACUUUUCAGUUCGAACCAACAACAAAAGAAGAAGUGAAGAAAACAAUAGACUCCAUGAAAACAAAAACCUCAUCUGGCCUAGAUAACAUCUCAUCAAAACUAGCAAAAAUCUGUAAAGAAGAAAUUUCUGAUCCCCUAACACACAUCAUAAACAUAUCCUUACAACAAGGGAUUUACCCUGAAAAACUAAAAACAGCAAAAGUAUACCCGAAAUACAAAAAAGGACCAACCACCGACAUGACUAGCUACCGACCAAUAUCACUCAUAUCCACCUUCUCCAAAAUUAUUGAAAAAAUAGUACUGGAAAGACUUUUACAAUAUCUUGAGCACAAUAGCCUACUAACUAAACAUCAGCAUGGUUUCAUGAAAGGACGAUCCACAACCACGGCCUUGAUUCAACUUAUAGAGCAUGUCAUAGACAAACUGGAAGAGGGCCACACUGCUACUAGUUUAUUCUUAGACUUUACAAAAGCAUUUGACUGCUUAAAUCAUAAACGCCUUCUUCAAAAACUAAAAAGCAUGGGUGUAAAAGAUAAAACUGCAGAUUGGUUCUGGAACUACCUAAACAACAGGAAACAACUGGUGGAAAUCCAAUACACUAAAAACAAUUUAUUAGAAAAAGUUCAGUCAAAAACUGCCGACAUGCAGAUGGGAGUGCCACAAGGAUCAGUGCUGGGCCCGGUCCUGUUCCUACUGCUUACGAACGACCUACCUGACUACCUAGAGCACAUCUGCCACACAACCAUAUAUGGUAUAGCACUAUGGGGAGGAACAGCUAACUGCAACAUGGAGAAGAUCCUCAGGCAGCAAAAACUAGCAAUAAGAGCUCUAGAAGGACUCCAAUACCAAGAAAGCUGCCGGGAAGCAUUUAGAAAAUUGAAGAUCCUCACAGUAGUAAACUUGUACAUCCUAGAAGUAAUUCUGCAUACGGUACACUCAAGAAAAACUAGAAACAGAGACCUUCACCAGUAUCACACACGCCAUGUCCUUGACUUCACACUGCCUGUACACCACCUGAGCCUCACAGCCAGGAAACCAUCAUAUAAGGGAGCAGCCUACUUCAAUAAACUUCCAGAAUCCCUAAAGAAUGAACCACCCAAACGUUUAAAAAAAGCAUUAACUGCCUGGCUACAAGAGAGACCGUUUUACUCAGAAAGUGAAUUUUUAAACUUGUAA